AUGCAGGGUUUGUGGUCCCGCGCUGUCUCGAAGCAGUCGUCCUGCCGCUGCGUCGGGUGUUUGAGUACCACCGCCAAUGGUGUUACUUCAAGAUCGGCUACCGCUGCCAGCAAGCGGAAGCUUCGACUUGGUAACUCUGUCACCGCAUUAUACACGAGCAUUUUCGCCGCCGCCGCCCUUGCCGAUGCAAGCGUGAAAGAUCGACGUCGACAUGACUGGGACGAAAAGAUUGCCGCGGUCAAGGCGGAAGUGAGCGAAUUGGUCGAUGAGGAGCAACGGAUAUUAGCUUCGUUACAGUCAGGAAGAGAGAACCGAGGGCUCAAUCGGUUAAUGCAGACGAGGGGGUUAGGCCCUGUUGGACGAUUCCCGUCGGGGAUUCCAUCCCCGCCGGGCAUGAAUCAAUCUUUGAGAUCUUUCCAUACCGAGCGAAGGCGGUUAAAUGCUGUGAACGCUCGCAUGUUGGAUAAUUCAGCUGCCUUGGAAGAGCAAAACCAUGACGACGGGACAGACGAGAGUGAGAUCUUUGUUGCACAGGAGACGUUGCCUAACUGGGUUCUCGAAGACGAUCUCCGCCUCAAGGCCAUACAAAAGCUUGCAUUGAGGCAAUUCGCUAUUCGAAUGCUACUACGGCCUGCUAUUGCCCACCGCUAUUCUGGCGUCUCGAUGAACUAUGCGGCAGAUUUCGAGACUCCGCAAGUUGAUGUUUCCCAGCUCCUUGAGGAAUUAAACACCAUUCGACACCGCAUGAUCACAUUGAAGACACAACGGAACGCCGCUUUCAGCGAUAUUACAAAGGACUAUGCUGCAAGCCAAUUGGGCGAAAUGCAGAGAGAGCGCGAGAUCCUUGACGCUGAGCUAACCAACGAUAUCAACUCUUACACGAGUCAGGAGAUGUCGCUUCAAGAAUUGAUUUUACGGCUAUCUAAUAACAUCCUGAGUUCGACAGACCCAGAACGGCCGACAGCUUUCCGGCUCAUGAUCAUGGCAUUCACACGGACCCGUCAAAACGACUUGGUCGAGUUGCUUUUGCGAACAUUACUACCAAACCGAUUCUACAUCAACCCUUCCCUUGUGAUUACGAUCAUAUCUUUCUUCAAAAAGUCGAAGAAUCUCAAGGACUUUGAUUUGUUCUUGAAGAUGCUGGGAGGAGAAGGGUAUUCUGUGAACUUGGGAAGCAGAGGCUAUUACAAACACCGAAAGGUCAAUGGACUAGACAUCAUUGUUCCUUCGUUGAAUAGUACAAAUCCUGUCAUCUAUGCAAGCUUAAUCGGCGCUGCUUUACGCUUUGACCAACCCGAGCGAGCCGAUGCUUGGCUCCAGGCUGCACGGAGUGGAGGUUUCUUUGAUAGUUGGGAGACUCUUUUCACAUACCUCCGCUUCUACAGUAUCCGCGGAGACUGGGAGAAGGGCGCCAAUGUUUUGAAAAGAGCCGUGACCUACCUCGUUUCAUCAACAGAUCAUCGCAUUGAUUCUGUUGAGCGAUUAAUAGGAAGGAUGGUGGGCCUUUGUGAUUCAUGUGAUCGACUUGAUGUAUCAAAUGAAUUGAUCAAGGCUGCAAUUCACAGUGGAUUCGACCCCAAACUCCUAACACGACAGGCCGACAUGGCACCGUUCGUCCAAGAUGAUCCCAAGCGGUGGUCUACGGCUGCCAAUUCAACACCGAAAGAGAAUAUUCAUCGUCCUGUGUGGCAAAAGUGUUACGACUUCGGCAACACCUUUGGUGAAUAUUUGAGCGACCUCGAAAUCCCUUCAGAGAACACCUUCGCCCACAGAAAGGUCAGAAUGGCCGACCAGCACGCAGACAGUGCCAUGUUUGCUGCUCUUGGCCAUGGACGAGCAAAGAAUUCCAAGUCUGUCGACAACACGCAUGCUGAAGAUAUUUCUACCCUGAAAACCGAGGUUGCACAACUCCGCGAGCUCGUUUUUGAACUCCGCAAACACCACAAUUCCGACCCUCCUACAACUGACAAUCCUUCUCCCAACACGACGCGUGAAACAUCGGACCCUGCCCCAACCGAGACCACCCCACCCAUCAUCUCGCCACCGAGAAACUUUUCCAUAAAUCAUAAGUUCACUAGAAGCGCCGGCUCUAUCAUGCUUGACAGAUCGAUUUCUACCUUGUCUCCUCAAAUACCCCCCAAACACAAGACGAGGCAAAACAAACGCGCUUCCAAAGCAUCAAAAACGGGUGUUCCAGACUUCACAACGCCUACUUCAUCCGAGGCGUAA